UGGGCCGCGGCCUCUUUAGCGACGUCUACGAGCCCGCGGAGGACACGUUCCUGCUGCUGGACGCGCUCGAGGCAGCUGCGGCCGAGCUGGCCGGGUGCGAGGAGGGCGAGGGCAGCGGCGGGAGAGGGCUUGGGCGUCCCGGAGAAACGGCGGCCGGGUGCCGGGGGAUAGAGGACUUUCGCCCGCCCUUAGCCCAAGAAGGCGGUAUCGGCCCACUUUGCGAUGAUUGACAACAGAACGCAGUAAAUGGGAUUUUUCCUGUAGGCACAAGUAAUGACUGUGGCAGGACUCCGUCUCCUUUUGCCAAGAGUGGAAAUAUGCCUUGAAGUAGGGUCAGGGUCUGGAGUAGUAUCUGCAUUCCUAGCCUCUAUGAUAGGUCCUCAGGCUUUGUACAUGUGCACUGAUAUCAACCCAGAGGCUGCAGCUUGUACCCUGGAGACAGCACGUUGUAACAAAGUCCACAUUCAGCCAGUAAUUACAGAUUUGGUCAAAGGCUUGCUACCAAGAUUGAAGGAAAAAGUUGAUCUUCUGGUGUUUAAUCCCCCCUAUGUAGUGACUCCACCUGAAGAGGUAUUACCUACCAGAAAGUGGGAAAAGUGGGGCCAAUUCUUAUUUCAGGUAGGAAGUCACGGAAUAGCGGCAGCAUGGGCUGGUGGCAGAAAUGGUCGAGAAGUCAUGGACAGAUUCUUUCCACUGGCUUCAGAUCUCCUUUCACCAAGAGGAUUAUUCUAUUUAGUUACCAUUAAAGAAAACAAUCCAGAAGAAAUUUUAAAAACAAUGGAGACAAAGGGUCUACAAGGGACCACUGCACUUUCCAGGCAAGCAGGCCAAGAAGUCCUUUCAGUCCUCAAGUUUACCAAGUCCUAACACACAGUGUGUGCUGAGAGCUACUGGAAACUGAAUGCAUUCAGCAUAUUUUGAAACUGAAGUCAUUUCUUGAUUAAGAAGGAAUUUUUUCAGAAAUUUGUCCUAAAGAAGGAGAUAGAAAGGUGGGACAUUCCUUUCACGCAGGAAUCAGGCCUACAAAUGCAAGUAAAUACAUAUAUUACAUUUAUAAUUUAUAUUUUACAUAUAAAAGUUAUGUAUGAAAGGA